AUGGAGCUGUACCUGACCUUUCUGCUGGGGAUCCUGCCCGUUGCAGCUCAAGAAUGGCGGCGUCCUGUGAUCAAGCUAAACUCAGAGGUCGUGGUUGGGCCUGAAGUAGUACUGAACCCUGGCACCCCAUUGGUCUUGAGGUGUGAGGGGGAUGGGCCAGUCAACUGGCUGACCCGGUUGUCCAAACACAAGAGCUUAAUUUCCAAGGACAACGGGAGAGUCAGAACCUUCAGGGUGGACCGUCCCUCUGCAGAACACACUGGGACAUAUAAGUGUGAAUAUACCAGUGUGAACGUCAAGGGCCGGGACUUGUUCUCUACGGUGCACGUAUAUGUUAAAGACCCAGAAAGCCUGUUUUGGACCAGCAGCACCUCCCUGCGUGUGAUGAGGAAGGAGGGGGAGGACCACCUGCUCCCCUGCCUGCUGACCGACCCAGAGGCCACAGACUUGGGGCUCCGCAUGGACAACUGUACCUCCGUGCCCCCAGGGAUGAACUACACAGCAGACCCCCGCAGAGGCAUUCUCAUCCGCAACCUCCACCCCAGCUACAAUGCUGACUAUGUCUGCAGCGCCAAACUCCACGGGGUGGAGAGGACUUCCAAGACUUUCAACCUCAACAUCAUCCAAAGGCUGCGUUUCCCACCUUAUGUAUUCCUGGAAAAGGAUGAGUAUGUUCAUAUCGUGGGCGAGAAGCUGAGCAUCCACUGCACCACACACAACCCCAACUUCAACUAUAAUGUCACGUGGAAUUACAGCUCCAAAAAGAGAUUUACAAUAGAGCAGAAAGUCCAAUCAGUUGACAGUAACCGUCUGGACAUUGAAAGCAUCCUGACCAUCCCUGUAGUGGACCAGUCAGACACAGGCAACAUUACCUGCAUCGGCACCAACGAGGCUGGAGUCAACAAAUCUACCACCUCCCUGAUGGUUGUAGAGAAGGCCUACAUCCGUCUUUCUCCCCAGCUGUCCUCCAAGCUGGCUCACCAGGGCCUGUCCAUUGACGUGAACGAGGGGGAAGACCUGAAACUCAGUGUCCUGAUCGAGGCAUACCCUCAGAUCAUAGGCCAGCACUGGGACACCCCUACAGCCUCCUCCACGCAGGAACAAGCCUUUACACGCUAUAACAACAGGUAUUCCGCUACCCUGCUGCUCAAGAGGAUGAUUGCACAGGAGCAGGGCCAGUACACCUUCUAUGCCAAGAGUUCCAUGGCCAACGCAUCCAUUACAUUCCAAAUCCAAAUGUAUCAGAGGCCGGUUGCCGUGGUGAGAUGGGAGAACAUCACCACCCUCACGUGCACGUCGUUCGGUUACCCUGCUCCCAUAAUCCUCUGGUACCAGUGCUCUGGAAUCCAAACCACGUGCAAUGAGAACGCAACAGGUCUCCAGAUGCCUGCUCCUCUCUUGGCCCAAACAGUCGAGGUCGAGAGGGAGGAGUAUGGAGCAGUCGAGGUCCAGAGCGUCCUGACAGUGGAACCGUCCGGCCAUAGGAUGACCGUGGAGUGUGUCGCCUUCAACCUGGUCGGAGUCGGUAAAGACACCUUCGCCAUGGAAGUUUCCAAUAUAAUGUUCACCUCCACUCUGUUGGGAGCAGCUGGUGUUCUGGCCUUUCUCCUCCUGCUACUCAUGGUCCUGCUCUACAAGUACAAACAGAAACCGAGAUAUGAGAUCCGGUGGAAGAUCAUCCAGGCCAGUGAAGGAAACAACUACACCUUUAUCGACCCAACUCAGAUGCCGUACAAUGAGAAGUGGGAGUUUCCCAGGGACAAGCUCAAGCUAGGAAAGAUCCUAGGAGCCGGGGCCUUUGGGAAGGUGGUGGAGGCCACAGCCUAUGGUCUAGGGGAGGACGACAACGCGAUGCGAGUGGCUGUAAAGAUGCUCAAAGCCAGGGCCCACUCGGAUGAGAGAGAGGCUUUGAUGUCAGAACUGAAGAUUCUGAGUCACCUGGGACAGCACAAGAACAUUGUCAACCUCCUGGGAGCCUGCACUCAGGCGGGACCUGUACUGGUGAUCACUGAGUACUGUAGUCAUGGCGACCUUCUGCACUUCCUGCGACACAAGCAGGAGACCUUCCUGAACUUUGUCAUGAACAUACCAGAGGUACCAGAAGAGACCAGUGACUACAAGAACCUCUGUGAGGGGAAACAGUUCAUCAGAAGUGAUAGUGGGAUAUCCAGUGUGUGUUCUGACAGCUACCUGGAAAUGAGGCCUGGUCCCCAGCCUGUCAACUCUUCUCUGGACUCUGUGUGGGAGGAUGGUGGGCCGGACUCGUGGCCGUUGGACAUGGAGGACCUGCUGAGAUUCUCCUACCAGGUGGCUCAGGGCCUGGACUUCCUUGCAGCCAGGAACUGUAUUCACCGGGACGUUGCAGCCCGGAACGUUCUCCUGACAGACCGCCGUGUGGCUAAGAUCUGUGACUUCGGCCUGGCACGUGACAUCAUGAAUGACUCCAACUAUGUGGUGAAGGGCAAUGCGCGUCUGCCAGUGAAGUGGAUGGCUCCAGAGAGUAUCUUUGACUGUCUCUACACUGUCCAGAGUGACGUCUGGUCCUAUGGGAUCCUGCUAUGGGAGAUCUUCUCUCUCGGAAGGAGCCCCUAUCCCAGUGUCCUGGUGGAUACUAAAUUCUACAACAUGAUAAAGUGUGGUUAUCAGAUGUCUCGACCAGACUUCGCACCUCCAGAGAUGUAUACAAUCAUGAAAAUGUGCUGGAAUCUAGCGCCAACAGAGCGACCGACCUUCAGCAAGAUCAGCCAGCUGAUUGAGAGAUUACUGGGUGAGCAGCCAGAACGUCCAGACCAGUGUUCUACUCUCCUGUCCCAGCAGCAGCAGGACAUGAUGGUUGAGGAGUUGGAGCUGUGUGAUGAUAAUGAUGAGCCUAAGUGUUGUGACAGCUCCUGUGACCAGCCGUGUGAGCACGAAGAGGAGGAGCAACCACUGGUGAAGACCAAUAACUAUCAGUUCUGCUGAAAGCAUAAUUCUAUUUCUAUGUCUGACACCUCCGACAUCAUCAAACUAUCCACAUUCUGAUCUGAAAUUCGUCCACUUUCUAUCUUCUCCUGCUCACUGUAGAAUCAUUCUGGGAGCACAGAGCCAAAGAAAUGGAAUUGUGAUAUUUUGUUCAAGCAAUGAAAAGCAAUUUUGACGCCCUGUUUUACACUGCAUACAGACAGGAAGCUGAGAGAGUCAUGUCAUGUGACUUGUUAUAUCCCAUGACAAGUUUUGAAAAAACAAAGGCGAGAAUGAAUCUAAUCACAGAUAGUGCCUUAGUUGUGUAAUUAAGAUAUAUAAUGCCUUAUUUUACAUGAAUUACUCUUCUUUGUUGUAUGUUUUGGAGAUGAUCUUUUCAAUCUAUGCACCAAAGAUGCAUCUACCCUGACAGAACUGAUUGUGUUGCUCACAGCUUUUUGCAGGCUAUUUGUCCUUUUAAUGUACAUUAUAUUCCUCUGUAGCCACUAUGGUGAGGGUUUAUCUAUUAUUUGUGGGAAAUGGGAACGAAUGCUGGUGGUGUUUGAAUUGACAUUUGUCAGCGGGUUCACUUUCACAUUGUAGGGACUACCUUUUUUCAACAUGCUAUGCAGCAGCAAGACAGUAGCAAACAAUGCAAUUGUAUAAUUUCUGCGACAGUAUAUUUGAGCAUGUUCUAUAUUUGUAUGAUGGCUUAGUUUGAUGCUGGACGUAAUAACAUGAGAUACAAUCUAACUGGGGACCACAUUCCAUGUAUUGUCCUUCAGCCUAAACAUGCUGCAUGAAGCAUUGAAAUGGAUUUUGAGACGCUAUUUACAUCAAUUACAUUUAUCUCUAGCCGUAGUUGUUUCGUAUGAUAGUCACAAUAUCUUCUGAGUUACUCGCCCGUGGACAGAAUCACGCAGCUGACUAAAUGACGCAAGAUUUUAGUUGUGCGUUAACCUGUCUGGCUCCGGCGUUCCGCUAGCGGAACUCCUCCCACAUUCCACUGAAAAGGCAG